GUAUAUUUAUAUUUCAAAGCGAUAGAAGUCAGCGUCAGGCAUAAUUAACAGUUAAUUUCAUUAUUAUUGACAAAAUGGGGGUAGGUUAUGCCUCAGAAAUUUCUGAGAUCAGAGUUUCUAAGGCUGAAGUAUGUGCUCAGCAAUCGGAAGGCUUUUUUAUUUUUAAACCUUUAUGCCACAUCGUGUUGCAUAUUUUUUUCUUACUGUGUUUCAUGUCCGCAGAAGAAAUCUAGCAAAGGUAAAGAGAAGAAGCUAAAAAGGAAGGAGGUAAGUUCAGAAAUAUUUCUUUGCAAGUCGAACCUCAUAAUCAGGAUCCACUUUAAACCCUCUUUAACCUGCGAUCGAGAAACCCAUCAAGGACAUAGUUAACUACUAUUAUAGAAUGCAACAUCGUCUUUAUCCAGACAAAAUGUUUUUUUUAGCUCAUGGGGAAGGUUUUAAUACCGGUAAUAGUGUUUACAGUUGGGGUUUUCUUCUUCUUCAUCAACACUGCAUUACUUCAUAUUAAGGUUGUCACAUGGUUUUAUCGUUGUGGCGGGGAGCGAUGAACAACUUUAAGUAUCUUUGAUUUGGGUUUUACAGGAAAUGCAUGUUGUCCACUUAAUUAGAUUAAAUUAUAUCUUGUGACUAAGCACAAUAUACUAAAUAAUUAGAUAAUCCUGUUAAGAAAGACAUUUUGCAUUUUGUUUUAAGGAAAUGGCCAAAGUUAAUGCUGCCCAAGCUGUUAUUGAUGUUGCUAAUGAGGUAAUUGUGAUAUUUGUGAAGAAGUAAUUGUAAGGAAUUAAGUGAAAUUAACUGAACAACAACAUAAAAAUAUUAGAUAAGAAUCGUACCAUUUUGAAAGAAGUGAUCACCUGAUUUACUUGAAUCAUGGGUUGAAUUCUUAUAAAUGAAGGUAUAUAACGUUUUUAUUUGUUCAGGUGAAAGAUCCUUUGGCAUCUCUAACUGCCUUCAAGACAUUCAAACGAAAUGGGUGAGCUCUAUGUGGAUAUGACAUGGAAAAAUGGAACAUUUAAACUUCAUUAAAUAUGGGGGAAGACAAGGGCUCAGAAAAUAUUGAUUUGCAUUGCAUUGAAAAUUAGACAUGGCUAAAUGUAAGUCUGGGUAAGAAUCAAGACAGUGAGGUGUCAUGUUAUAGGCACAGCUAGGAAAAUCUUAUGAUAUGACAGGACUGUGGGGUUUUAUAGCUUCCCUACACACAUCAAGUCAUUUUUUGUCAAUGUGUUUUUUUCUUGAUGGGCAUGCUGGUUUGUUGCUAUUCCACUUACCUUCCAACCCUCUGGUGAGUGUGGGAUAAGAAGGUGUAGUCUUCUUUUGGUUUGCAGUCCAACAAUCCUGGCUGGCUGGAUGCCUUUCAUGUGGUUUUCAUAGUCUCCUGCUGAACCUUGAUACAGUUUUCUCUUCUUCAACACCAAACACCACCCUAUGUUCUUGUAUUGUUGACAAGUUUAAUAUGCUUUGGGUGACAUCCCACACUUUUAGAGGGGGAAAAACCAAUAUUGAAAAAGUGUUUUAACUUUCUUAUACAUUUUGUUAGGUUGGAUCUCUGCCUUGAGUGCAAGCGACUACAAGACAUGUCUACUGAGGAUAUCAACUGGGCAUUUGACCUCACAAAACACAACAUGCAGUUACUGUAAGUGUUUUUACAAAUUUUGAAACUCAGGUUAUUCAUUAAUGUGGGUCUAUUGCUUGAAAAUUGUUAUCUUUCAUAGAUCUUGUAAUCAUUUUGAUUCUUCUGAAAACUACAGUUAUGAGAAUAGCAGCUGGGGAUGGAAUGACAAAAGGAAGAGAGAUGAAAUGACAGAAGAUAAAGCUCGGUAACUAUAGACAAAGCCCUUGAGUGUUGUUCAUCCUUAGCCAUGUAUUUGAUAGAUACAGCUACCCAUGAUUUUGGCUGAAUGUUCUUUUGGUCUCUAGAUAUUUGAUUGCCAGAGAAGAAUCUGGAAAAGCUGUGGCAUUCUCACAUUUUAGGUUUGACUUGGAGGAGGGAGACGAAGUGCUUUACUGGUAAGUUUAACUUUGAUAUAAUUGAUGAAGAAUGCCCUUAAAAACAUGAAUUUGAAAACAAGUCGAUUAUUCAUUUUUGUGGAUAUGCAGUAUCAUUUGUCCUUUGUCUUGUAAUGUGGUCACUUGCAUUAUAGAUUACAAUAUUUGACUGCAUUCUGUCAUUCUUCUUGAUGCAAUAAUUUUGACCAAAUAUACAUCAUCAUCAUCCAGAUCAUUAACAUAUCUUGGAAAUGCAUGAUCACAGUUUUUGAAUACAAGCCAAUCACAGCUGAACAUAAUGGUUCAAAAGGGGCCACAUAUCUAGUCAAACUUAUUGGUUUAAAAAUGGCUAGCAGUAUACAGGCAAAAUGUUUUGAUCCACCAAAAGUGAUUACAUUGUGUAGCAACAGGUCUGGCUCAUCCAGAUAAUUGCCAACAUAAAGUUGGUAAUUAGGGCUGCAAUAUUUCAUAGAAAUUAAUUUUUUUAUGUAUUUAUGUUAUAAAAUAUUUGAAGUAUGUGUUGAUGUAAGUACUGACAACUUAGUUCUUCUUUGUUUCUCAGCUAUGAGAUCCAAGUGGAAUCUGAGGCCCGUGGCAAAGGACUUGGAAAGUUCCUAAUGCUGAUUUUAGAGAUGAUUGCCCACAGGUUGGUUUUAGGUGUAUUAAUUUGUUAUUAUAAGUAAUUCAUCGCACCAUUGUUGGCAUGAACAAUUUUUAUUAACUAUCAAGGAUGUUAGGUGGGUAUAUCAUAUAUUACAUGUGCAUAGCCUGGUUUAAUUUUCCAAACAUUUUAUUAUUUUAGAGCCCAGAUGAAGAAAAUCAUGUUAACAGUGUUUAAGGGUGUGUAUACAGGAAAUAUUAAUUCUUAUUUCGUGAAACUUAUUUCCAAUAUGACUGAAACAAUAAAGUUAUUAUUGGUGUACUGUGGAAGAUCUGUAGUGAAAAUCAUUUGGCUCUUUUCAUUAAUAUUAAUCAAAGUGAUUAAGGUAUAUUAAUAUUUUCCUGUGAAGAGUGUUAAUAAUUCCCCCAGACUCAGCUUGGCAAUAAAUAUCUCAACGUAUGUAUUUUGUUUUACUCUUUUGCCCCUCUUUCCUGGCUUUUGAAACCUGUUAAUCAUGUGAUUUGUUUGAACCUUUAUGUUAUGCAUGGACAGAUUCAGAGAAAUGCAUAAAAAUUAUGGAAAGUGCAAGACUUCACUCAAUACAUGUAUCUAAUGGACAUUUUAUGAUAAUCAAAGUGAAUACAUAGAACCAUUUAAGACUCAGUAGUUACUGACUUGUUGUUUUUUUAAUUCUAGAGAAUGAGAGAGCUCAAAAUUUUUUCAUCAAGAUUAUGAAGUAGGUUGAUAGAAAUCUCAUCUAAGUUAUGUGAAAAAAAAAAGAAAAUUAUCUCUAAUGAGUGUUCUUUUCAUUUGGAUUAAGGAACUUAAAUUAAGUGAUGAAAUAUACCUUGUAUUGGUAUAUGCAUUUGAUACAAUUGUAAAGAGAACCUUUUAUCGCCGCAGCCAUGUCAACACCUUACAUUACUGCAGGGAUAUUUCAUUGUUUGAUUAGUUUGCAUGGGUGGAAAUGUUUUAAAUGGCUGUACAAUUUUGAUAAUUAAGAACCAAAGAAAUAGCACACAUUAGGCUUACAGUAAUUCUAAUUUCUUAUACUUGACUCUUUUGACAGAGGAGGGUAGAUAACAGGAAUUUUUGACAUGUGAUGUUUUUUUUUGGGAGGGGGAGUGAACUAGCAAGAAAAAGAAAAAGACUUGUUUGCUUCUUUACAUUGUUAGGUUCCAAGCAGAUGAGACUUCACCAGGCAUCUGGGAUCCAAUGAACUCUGAGGAUUAUUUUUACGACAUCCUGAGUAAGCCUUUGGUGAGAAAAGCAGCUACAAACAAUGACAUGGGUAGCAGGGACACAGCUGCUUAGACCUUCAUCAGAUUUUGUGACCACCCAUCAUAUUAUUCUGCCAUAUCUCCCCUCCUCUACCCCCCUGUCAUCCAUCUCAUUCCCCAUGCACUUAACUAAUUCUCUUAAAUGUUUAUUAAGGAGAAGAAAUUGUUGCAUUUAGAUGUCUCUAAUAUGAUUAUGAUGAGUGGAAAGUAUGAGGGAUCCUACAUUAAAUCUUCUCAGGUAGACUGGUCCAUUCAUAACUUUAGUUUGUUUGUGUUGUUGAUCAGAAUGUUUCAGCUUAAUAAGUUGAUUCUAAAAGUGUGUAUUCCUCAACCUGAUGGAGUAGAUAUAAGUUUAAAAGGAAACUCUUACAAGAAUGCUUCUUCAAUUUUGACUUAUGGCAAGUGCUUGCAGUGAUGCUUGCAAUAAACACUGAUUUACAGUAUCAUAAAAUGUAAGUGGGAAAAUGUUUUCAAUGUAUCAUGAGUGUGGGACUAAAGCAAAAUUCUGAGUCCCCAUGAGAAAUCAAACCUCAGACCUACAGCUUUCCCACUCCAAUACUCUACCACCAGGCUAUUACUAGGUUCCAAUGUGUCACUCAUUCUACACGCUGCAGCUAAAUAGUUAGAGUCAACUUUUAAAUAGUAUGAUAUAUUUACAAAUCAAUUGCAAUUGAGCUUAAAAGGAAGAGAUGAAAAAGCAUUUGCUCUUAGAAAACCUUUAUAUAAAAUCCAAUAAACCAGGUUGAUUUGUACUUGUUUUUUGCAAAGGUGACAAAAAUUUGUUAUAGAAUAUGUUAACUUUAGCCAAAGAGAUCACUUUUAAUUGAUGUGGUGAUAACUUAAAAAGCAAAGUGAGAGUUAAUAAAAACUAUGUGGGUUAGUUUGCAUCAAUUUAAACUUUAUUUAUCCAAGGAUGGUAUUUCUGGAUCCUUCUCAUAUAUUAACCUGACCAUAUAUCUUCUCUUACCACUUAAUUAAACAGUUUCAAACUCUUGUGCUCCUCUGGUCAUAAAACUAUUUGCCUGUUACUGGUGCAAUGUUAUGAUGUAAUUAUUUACCAUGCAUAAACAGAAUGUUCAAAUGGCCAAGCCAUAAAAAUAUCACCUUUGUGAAAUCUGUAGGGUGGCAAAUUGACAGCUUUAUAUGUUAAAGUUCACAUGGCAACCAGGUGGACAAUCAGACAUGGUUUGAUGCUACUCUGGUUUAAUGAAUUUAACUGAAGAAGUUACAAUUCAUAGACCCAAUUUUUUGACACUCCUGUCUAGUAUCUUCAUCAGUGGUGAUCCAAACACUGCUACAAGAGGUCCUUUUAUACAAUCACCAAUUAGCUGCCUUUUUUUCUGACAAGGUGUAAAUAGGUGUCAGGAAGUAAGUCACCAUCAUUAUGAUUUAAAGGAGCAUGGGUGGAGCUAAUAUGCCAGGCUUCCAAACAAAGGCACUGGUGGUAACACUGAUUAGUGGUGAUAAUUUUAGAUUUAUCCCACCUAAUUAUAUGGUUAGUUAGGCACAUGUGCUCCAAUAAAGCUG